UCAAAGAGAAUUUACCGUAAAGGGCGGUAUGACCGGCCGCCCGCGUGGCGUCGGUCGGCACGCUCUCAUCUGUGCCGGGGCUUGCACUCUCACGUGUUUGGCCCUGGUUUCCAUUUGGAUGAAACCUAGCGCAAAGGAUAUAUGCUACGCUAUAGAAGGAGUCUUUCGUCAGCAGGAGGUUAUGAUUCCUUCUGAGAAGUACACAACAGGUCAAAAUGGAGAAAAAUACGUUUAUAACCGUGAAAUGCCUAUUGUUUUUAUUGGAGGUAUGCCAAGAUCAGGGACCACACUUCUACGCGCCUUACUGGACUCCCAUCCGGAUGUUCGGUGUGGAGAAGAAACCAGAGUGAUACCAAGAGUUAUAGGACUAAAAAGUCAGUGGAUGAAAUCACCAUUGGAAGCUGGACGUCUUAGAGAAGCUGGAGUGACAUCACAGGUACUGGACAGUGCUGUUGCUGCUUUCACAUUAGAAAUUAUAGCUCGUCAUGGAGAUCCAGCCAUUCGACUUUGUAACAAAGAUCCCUUCACCCUCCGAUCUUCUGUUUAUUUGAAUAAACUUUUUCCUAAUGCGAAGUUUAUUCUCAUGGUAAGAGAUGGGAGAGCCGUUGUCCACUCUAUCAUAUCCAGAAAGGUACUGGACAGUGCUGUUGCUGCUUUCACUCUAGAAAUUAUAGCUCGUCAUGGAGAUCCAGCCAUUCGACUUUGUAACAAAGAUCCUUUCACCCUCCGAUCUUCUGUUUAUUUGAAUAAACUUUUUCCUAAUGCGAAGUUUAUUCUCAUGGUAAGAGAUGGGAGAGCCGUUGUCCACUCUAUCAUAUCCAGAAAG